AUGUCAGUGGCCGGUGGGGUUAUUUCGGGAGUUGGAAGUGUUGGCGUGAUAGGAGCUAAACUUGCUGAAGGAGUACUUACCAAGCAUCAACUUCAAGCUUUGAUAAUUAUCCAGGAACUUUUAGGUAUCUUAUCGAAGGAAGCAGAUAAGUCAAAUAGGGUUUUCCUGGAUAUAGCAGAACAAAUUACGAAUUUCAUAGAAAGUGAUAGGGCUGAGAUCGACGAAAAUACCAUUGGAAUCGCAGCAGGAAUGUCGCCAGCCCUUGGGAGAUUUUUGGGCAGUUUUCACAUUGUUCCCGUUAUUAUAGCCAUGAUCACAGCCAGAGUAUCUUCCAUCAUUAUCGGGACUGUCGCAGGGGGUCUUUCUUUGGUCGCAGACGCUGGGAUCAUUGCAUAUGCAGCUUACAAUCUCAACAAGGGAAACAAAACUUCCACAUCGAAAAUGAUUCGAAAAAACGCAGAUUUGCUCAGAGCAACCAAAGAUAUCGUUCCGAAUGUUUCCUACGACUUGACCUUGGUUGACCUCGGAAGUGGAAACUGCUCCAAAACAAGGUUUGUUAUAGAUGAGCUGUUGAAGAGGAAGAAAAAGCUUACAUUUUACCCAGUGGACAUUUCUGCAGAGUUUCUGAUGAAUUCGUCAAAACUAUUGUCAGAGGAAUACGACAAUUGCCUUGAAGUCCGACCAAUAGCAGCGGACUACGUUCAAGGAAUAGAACAACUGAAACGAGUAACAGGUGCAAAAUUGAUUCUAUGGCUGUCCAGUAUAUUCAACUUACCAUAUGAUGGUCAGGUCAGCACUUUAAGUAAGAUAUCCACUAUGAUGUCAGAUAAAUGUGUACUGGUUUUUACCGCUGACAUCACACAAGACGAAGAGGCUAUUCUUAAGGCCUAUGAUAACAAUACAGAACGAACAUUCUGUCAGUAUGCAAUUACAAGGAUGAACAGGGAAGAGGGCAGCGAUAUUGACCUGGCCAGGUUUACUUAUCACGUAGAUUUUGUCCGUAACAUGAGUUACGUAAGGUCCUACAUGGAGGCUAAGGAGGACACCCGUUACACUAUACGUAAGUUGAGCUUUAUAUGUCCAUAUUAAUGAUUAAAAAAUACCUAACGUAAUCAGGUUAAUUAUGAAAAACCAGAUAAUUCUUUGAAUCAUAUCAAAUACAUCUCAAGGUGUACGAAACAUAUGAAAUUACAUUUUGUCGAAGGAGUCCAAAUCGUCACGAGCUGUUUGUCAUCGAAAUGGACACUGAUAUUCGAUUAAACGUUUUAUGAUUCUGAUAUAAUGAACAUCUCCAAUUACAGCCGGAUU